AUGGUGUCCGGCGUGUGCGCCCGUAAGUCCGCGGCUCGCCGCUCGCGCUCCGCUCUCAUCGUCGCGCUGACGGUUCUGCUGCUGCAGACGCUCGUGGUGUGGAACUUCAGCAGUCUGGACUCGGGAGACGGCGCGGGCGAGGACGGAGGAGCAGCCGCCGCCGGAGGAGGAGGAGGCGCUGGAGGAGGCAGGGAGAAGAGGGACCGGCUGGCCGCUGUCGAGUACCCGAGGAGCGGCGUCCACAGGCGGCAGCAGCCACCGCCACCCCCGCCGGGCAGAGCGGCUCUCCGACACAGACAGCAGCCGGAUGUCUACUACUCCCACCGGCCCAAGGAGAAAGUCCGCGUGGACAGCAACAACGAGAACUCGGUGCCAAAGGACUUUGAGAACAUAGACAACAGCAAUUUCGGCAAACCCACCAAACACAAGCAGGAGCUGCUAGAAAAGGCCCACGCCCAGCGAGGCCUGGCCAAAAGCUCCAACGAGGUGGUCCGGUAUGGUCCUGGCGAGAGUGGCCCCAACGGUACGCGGACAGCGCUCCGACCGGGCUCCUCCCACUCCACCCCGCACCCCCAGCGGGCCCAGCCGCACCGCCACCACGUCCAGCAUUCCAGACGGCCAGCCGCCCCCACCCCCGACAUCAAGUACGACCAGCCGCCCAAAUGCGAGAUCACAGGCAAGGAGGCCAUCUCGGCCCUCUCCCGCGCCAAGACCAAGGAGUGCCGGCAGCAGAUAGCCGAGGUUUACUGCCGCCACAAAGAGAAGCAGCUGAUGCCCGAAAAGGUCACUCGCUACUGCCCCCUAGAAGGGAAGGCGAGUAUGAACGUGCACUGGGAGGAGGACUCCAUGGAGACGGUGCCGGCGGUGCCUGUGCGGAUCGCCUUCAUGCUGGUGGUCCACGGCCGAGCGGCCCGCCAGGUGCAGCGCCUCUUCAAGGCCAUUUACCACACGUCUCACUUCUACUACAUCCAUGUGGAUCAGCGGUCGAAUUACCUCCACAGGCAGAUGUUGGCGCUGGCCAACCAGUACCCGAACGUGCGGAUCACUCCCUGGCGCAUGUCCACCAUCUGGGGUGGCGCCAGCCUGCUGAGUAUGUACCUGCAGAGCAUGAGGGACCUGCUGGCCAUGACCGAGUGGCCCUGGGACUUCUUCAUCAACCUGAGCGCUGCAGACUACCCCAUCAGGACGAACGAUCAGCUGGUGGCCUUUCUGUCAAAGUACCGCGACAUGAACUUCAUCAAGUCUCACGGGAGGGACAACGCACGCUUCAUCCGAAAGCAGGGCCUGGACCGGCUGUUCUUCGAGUGCGACACACACAUGUGGCGUCUGGGGGACAGGAAAAUUCCGGAGGGGAUCUCUGUGGACGGCGGCUCCGACUGGUUCCUGCUGAAUCGUGCGUUCGUGGAGUACGUCAUCAACUCGGAGGACGACCUGGUGACCAGCAUGAAGCGCUUCUACGCCUACACGCUGCUGCCGGCCGAGUCUUUCUUCCACACCGUGUUGGAGAACAGCCCCCACUGUGAGAGCAUGGUGGACAAUAACCUGCGCAUCACUAACUGGAACAGAAAGCUGGGCUGUAAGUGCCAGUAUAAGCACAUUGUGGACUGGUGCGGCUGCUCACCAAACGACUUCAAACCCUCUGACCUGCCGCGCUUCCAGCAAACGACCAGGCCCACGUUCUUUGCGCGGAAGUUUGAGGCCAGCGUGAAUCAGGAGAUCGUGAACCAGCUGGACUCCUUCCUCUUCGGCAGCCUCCCUCAGGGCACGCCGGGCCUCAGCUCUUACUGGGAGAACGUGUACGACGAGGCCGACGGCGUCCACAGCCUGAGCGACGCCCUCCUCACACAUUUCCACGCUUUCGCCCGCCUCGGCCUGACCCGGGCCACCAGCUCGCUGCAGGGCGACUCCAGCGACAAUCGCUGCAGGUACUUUGCCAUGGGCCACCCCGUGUCUGUCCAUAUCUACUUCCUGUCUGACGAGUUUCAGGGCUACCUGGUUAGACAUCACGCCACCAACCUGGCCACCAGCAAGCUGGAGACUCUGGAGACCUGGGUGAUGCCCAAGAAGUUCUUCAAAUUCACCAACCCGCCAAACAGCUUCAACAGGCUGCAGCUUGCGGAGAUUGGGACGGACUGGGACGCUAAGGAGAGAAUCUUCCGGAACUUUGGGAAUCUGAUGGGUCCGACGGAUGAGCCGGUGGGGAUGCAGAAGUGGGGUAAAGGGCCCAACGUGACAGUGACCGUGGUGUGGAUCGACCCCACCAACGUCAUCGCCGCCACCUAUGACAUCCUGAUCGACGCGAGCGCAGAGUUCACGCACUACAGACCCCCGCUCAACCUGCCCCUGCGGCCCGGCAUGUGGACGGUCAGAGUGCUGCACCACUGGAGCCCCGUGGCCGAAACGCGGUUCCUCAUCACCCCCGUCACGCACCACAAACACCUGCCCAUCCGCCAAGAGGACGCCCUGAAAGUGCACAACGGGCCGGCCAAGAACAGCUACAUGGAGCAGAGUUUCCACGGGCUGAACCCCAUCCUGAACAUCCCCGUGCACCUGGGCGAGGUGGAGGCGGCCGAGCACAACGCGGGGCUGACCGGCGCCAAGCUGGAACGCUGGGUGGACAGCCUGGUGGGCGAGGUGUGGUCGGCGGUGGACGUGUGCUCCACGGCACCCAGCGGCUGCCCCGUCAUGCAGACGUGCAGGGAGACGGCCUGGAGCUCCCUCAGCCCGGACCCCAAAUCUCAGCUGGGCCCACCCAGGGCAAACGGCAGGGUCAGGUAGCAGCAGCCGCACGGCCGCCGCUCCUGCCCGACCUGUUUGUGUUGUUGUUGUUUUUAUGUUUUUUCUUUAUUUAUUUCUUUACCAUCACUCAUAUGAGUCGCUCUUGUCGCAGCUCUCAGAUACAGUGCGAGUCGUGCGAAAGUGUACGAAGUAAGAACUUUUAGCCGAUGUUUUGCUGGGUGUUUCACUUGUAGUCAUGUGAGUGCUGUCGAGCUUUUCUCCUCUAUUUAUUUUAGGUUUGAAAACUGAGAUAACUGUGAUUGAACUUUUGCUAAACAGAUGAGAACGAGAUGCCUUUUACGCAGUCUUUGCUGCUGGAAGCUGAAAGUCAUGAAGGUCUUUGCAAGCACAGAAAGGACCUAAACACUGGUAGUGUGACCAAAAGGCGUACAUUUACAGUAAGCCUGUCUUUAACGACACAAACCUCCACACACAGAAGCAUGCAGUUCACUAAUAUAAGACUCAGGACUGUGCAAAAGGCAGAGCCCUUAUUUCUUGAAUUUUCUAUCAAAACAGCCAUUAAGUACAAGAUUUGCAAACGUAUAGUUCUUACUAGACACCUGCAGUGCCCCCAUCAGAUAAACAGCACUUAAAGCUUUCAUCUCUGAGAGAGAGGAGAAAAUCAAGCUGAUCAGAUCUGAAAACAUCCACAG